CAAUCGGAGCUUGCCAGAAAGAGGGAGGGAAGAAGAAACAAACAAACCUGUUUGAGGAGGCAGAGAGAGGAAAUCCCUCCUUUGCUUUUGCUUUCAAUGUUGUAAGCAAGCUUUUAUGUUCAGGUUAGAAGGACUGGGUUGGCUCCCGGCCUUCUUCUCUCCUUUUCCUCAGAAAAAUCAAGCCACUGUCCUCUGGGAACCACAACUGUUGAUAUAAUGAAGGCCUGGAUUGAACCUCUUGUUGCUGGCGCUCAGCUUGCCAGUGCUUUCUACGACACAGGACUGUUGCUGGUGGUGAAGAACUACUACAACCAGACCAAUUCUUCUUCGGCGCAUUCCAGCGAGGAGACUCAGCAAAAAGCCAUCUCUGACUUUUACAUCGUCUACCAUCUUGUUGAUGGGUUAACCCCACUGUUAUCAGCUUAUGGCUUGGCCUGGUUGGGUGACCGGGUAAAUCGGAAGAUCAGCAUUUGCGUGCCUUUGUCUGGCUACUUGCUCUCCCGUUGCCUUCUACUCCUUUUGGUCUUGUUGGCUUGGCCAAUUGAGGUGAUGUACGGGGCUGCUGUCUUGCACGGCUUGACUGGAGGAUUCACCACGUAUUGGGCCAGCAUCAUGGCCCUGGUCUCCCAGGGCUCAUCGGAGAGCAGAAGAUCCCUGCGUCUCAUCCACAUUGAGCUCAUCUAUGGCAUUGCUGGUUUUGUGGGAAGCAUUGCUUCGGGACACCUCUUCGUUACUUUCCAUCUCGGUUAUCAGCACGGUAUAGUGCUGAUUUCCUGUAGUGUUGCCUUAUAUGCCUUGUGUGUCAUUUACAGUCUGUUUGUCCUCCGAGUCCCCAAGCCUGGAGUUUGCGACCCAGCCACUUCCACCCAUGCGGUCCAACCUGACAGCAAUUUGGCUAAUGAGGAGACUUUACUGUUCUGUAGUUCUGAGAGUUCCUCCCAUCUGGGACCUGCCAAGUCCAUUAUUGUCCUGCUCUUUGUGGGGGCCAUCCUAUAUGACUUGGCCGUGGUUGGAUCAAUGAAUGUGCUGCCACUCUUCUUCCUAAAGAAACCACUGAGCUGGGGACCAGAGUAUGUUGGCUAUGCCAAUGCUGCUGGCUAUGUGAUCUUUAUUACCAGCUUCCUGGGCGUCUUUGUGUUUUCCAAGUUUCUAAGAGACACCACCAUGAUCAUGAUUGGGAUGGUGUCCUUCUCAGCUGGCAUCUUUAUUAUGGCCUUUGUGCGAUGGACAUUCCUGUUUUACAUUGCUCGUUCUGUGAUGCUCUUUGCCCUCAUUCCCCUGCCAACCAUCAGAUCUUUGUUAUCCAAACAUGUUGAAGCUUCAACCUACGGAAAAGUGUUUGUCCUUCUGCAACUGUCACUGGUGAUCACUGGAGUUGUGACAUCCACAGCCUAUAAUAAAAUUUACCAACACACCCUGGGCUGGUUCAGUGGUUUCUGCUUUCUUCUGUCAUGUGCCAUCAGUUGCCUAAGUCUUAUCCCUAUCAGUUUUGUCGCCUACAAGCAACGGGCACAAUCUGGUUUAGCAGAGAGAUUAGCCAACCAAAAACAACUGUCGACUUCAGAAGCAGCUCUAUAGAACAAGCUGGAGCAACCAGACAGACUGACUACAUGAAAGACAGCCUUGUUACUAAUGAUGUUAUGCCAUUAUAGAUAUUUAGUUCUAGUCUUUCCUGUACUCUUCUGUGUAUGAAUAGGCUGUUAAAACAGCAUAAGGAGAGCAACUGAAAACCAUGUAUGGGCUAGAAGGCAUGCGGUUCUUGAAUGAUGCUGCUUUGGAAUCACAUUUCAUUAUUUCUUCCUAUUGUCCAGUCAGGAUAUGUUUGUUCACCUAUCCCCUUUCCAUCUACAAUCCUUCCAGCAAAUAGUCAACGUAUUCAUGUUUUAAAGCAAAAUAUCCCUCCCUGGGAAUCCUCAGAAACACCCAUUCCCCAUAUUUCAUCUGAUAUUCCCCAUAGUUGGUCUAGAAUAGAUGGUCUCCCAACUCAUAGGAUCCUUGUUCCUUAAAUCUCAGUGCAAUAUCCAGUUUCGGGGUGAUGGAUUGGCAUGCUACAUAUGCCUAUAAUGACAUUUGCACUCCGGUGUUUCAGUGCUCCAGCUGGUUAUUUCACAAGGCUCAGGUCCUCAAGACCAGACAGUGAAGAUAGAAAGACAAUGAGCAGAUUACCUAGCUAAGGAAUGAAAUAAAACAUGAGAUAAACAAUUCUACUUAGGGCAGAACUUUCAGCAUACCGAGGUCCAUACACCGCUGGAUAUUUAGUUAUUUUUAACAUAAUAAUAAAUGAAUGGGAGGCUUGCAUACUGCAUAACAA